CUGAGUGGAAGCAACAGGACGGAAUGGAGCAACAAUGAUCUGCAUGAACCAAACUACAAAGGCAUCAAAGUAACAGAAUGGAAGAGGAGCCUGCAGGUUUUGUCCUGGCCGACUAUGCAGUCUUUGCUGCCAUGUUGUUGGUCUCCAUGGCCAUCGGACUCUUCCAGGCCCUGAAGAAGAGACCAGGGGACGCCACUGCUGAUGACUUCUUCACAGGGGGUCGGAGCAUGCCGGCAGUGCCCGUUGGACUGUCGCUCUGUGCCAGUUUUAUGUCGGCAGUCCAGGUUCUGGGUGUUCCCUCCGAGGCCUCUCGCUAUGGCUUUAAAUUCCUCUACAUGUGCCUCGGACAAAGCAUCAACUCCCUGCUGACAGCUUUCCUCUUCCUGCCAGUUUUCUUUCGACUGGGCAUCACCAGCACUAAUCAGUAUCUGAAGAUGAGAUUUGGCAGAGGGAUGCAGCUGCUGGGGAGUGUCCAAUUUGUGGUGGCAACGCUGCUAUAUACAGGGAUUGUCAUCUAUGCACCUGCCUUGAUCCUUAACCAAGCAACUGGUCUCAACAUGUGGGUGUCUCUGUUUUCUACUGGGAUCAUUUGUACCCUGUACACCACACUGGGUGGCAUGAAAGCUGUGAUCUGGACUGAUGUGUUCCAGAUCAUUGUCAUGUUUGCGGGCUUUGUUGCCAUUUACAUCUAUGGCACAGUUCUUGUUGGUGGCCCCGCAGUGGUACUGGAGAUCGCCAAAAACGGAUCACGUAUUAAUUUUGAUGAUUUUAGUGUUGACCCACGGCAGCGCUAUACUUUCUGGAGCCUGACUGUUGGGGGUGCAUUGGUGUGGCUGUCAAUGUACGGGGUAAACCAAGCUCAAGUCCAGCGCUACAUCUCCUGCAGAACAGAAAGAGAUGCCCAGUGGGCGCUGUUUGUGAAUCAAGUGGGUCUGUGCCUCAUUGUGAGCAGUGCAGCGACCUGCGGCAUCGUCAUGUUUGCUUAUUACAUCAGCUGUGAUCCGCUGAAGUCUGGGAGGAUUUCUGCCCCAGAUCUGUACAUGCCAUACUUCGUGUUGGACAUAUUCAAAAACCACCCCGGAUUUCCAGGUCUUUUCCUUGCCUGUGCAUACAGCGGGACUCUGAGUACGGCCUCCACAAGUAUCAAUGCAAUGGCUGCAGUAACCAUGGAGGAUCUGCUGCAACCUCACCUGCGCCACUUGACCCAGAAGAAACUGAUCCUCAUUUCCAAAGGACUGUCAUUCCUGUACGGAGUUGGCUGUAUCACCGUAGCUGCUUUGUCCUCCUUCCUGGACUGGGGUGUUCUUCAGGGAUCGUUCACAGUCAUGGGUGUGGUCAGCGGUCCAUUACUGGGCGUAUUCAUUUUGGGGAUGUUUGUCCCAGCAGCAAACAGGCUGGGGGCGUUCGCGGGAAUAUCAGUGGGCUUCUGUGUCUCUCUGUGGCUGGCUGUUGGUUCAACUCUUUAUCCACCCAGUGAGGAGAUUAUGGGUGUCCUGCCCAGCUACGCAGGCGAGUGUGGAGCCAGCAACAUCAGCCUGAACAGCACCCACCACCAGGACCAACAUUCCAUCUCCACCCGGCUUCACCCUUAUGAUCAGGGGGGCCUGCUUAACUUCUACUACAUGUCCUACCUCUACUUCGGUGCCAUGGCGACUAGUUCGGUCGUGCUUGUUGGGCUGAUAGUGAGCUACGCAACAGGACCAACAAAGAGGAGUCAGAUCAAAGAGGGUUUGUUAUGGUGGGAUCUGAAGAAAAAGCACGUGGAUGCCCCAUCAGAGCGCAGAACUGGAACAAUGUCCAGGAUGUGUCCCUGCCUUCUGCACAAUACAUGCGGGGAUACGCUGAAGCUACCUGUGAGCCUACAUAGAAAUAACAAGAAUCUUGGAGACAAGGCGACACAUAAUCCACAGCUUGUGCCUUUGACGGAUCUGCAGAAAGACGACGCAAAUGAAAAAGAAGGACCAGCAGAUGUUGUGAAUAUUAAAUCACCACUCAGAGUUUAGGAAUUGGAAACGUAACUUUUUUAUACUGUACCAAUAAGCACUAAUAGCUGUGGCAUUUCCUCUCUAUGGGCAGUGAGAAUUUUUUAUAUUUGUGUAUUUUUCUUUGUUUGGAGAUACGUGUAGGUAGAAGAAAAACAAUUUUUAUAUUAAAAAACCUCCUUAAAAUGUGUUUGGAUAAUGAAGGGAUUUAUUGUUGUGCCAGUAAAUGUAUAGCCUGUAAUCAAAUACCCUCAGGUGUUAUUUGAAUUCCUUUAAUGUUGAAAGGCUCUGUCGUCAGGUCAUUAAUUCUGGUAUGUCCCAUAUCUGUAGCAAUGCACACCUGCACUUCAACCAGUGUUAGAGGACUUGUGACAGGCGGCCUGAGGUUAACUGUGUGUGUGUGCAGUAAUGGUAAUUCAGCUCUUAUUUCAUUUUCAAGUUUAUGUUUAUACAUUAUGUUACCCACAGCACCUGGCCAGCUAAGGAGUCUUUUUUUAGUUUUAUUUUUUAUACAGAAAGUGAUAUGACUCUCUCAGUAGUUUCAUGUACAACUCCUAUAAAUAGAAGAUCUCCUUGUGUGUCUUUUUACAUAAAUAUGAACUGCAGAAAAUACUGUAAAGCUAUCAGAACCAUUUUCAGCCACAAUAGAUAUUUAAAAAAAACGAGUUCAUAGGUCAUUACUCAUCCAGUCUACACACAGCCAUCAUUUUCUUUAGCCUCUUUCACACAAAGUUAAUGGUAAAUUAUUGGGAUAAUCUUUUACGCAACACUAUUUUUAACAUUCACACAUGCACUGCAUUUAGCUUUUCAAACAUCUCAUGGCAAUGCUGGAAUAAAUGAUGCAAGGGACACUCAUUUAAUGGAUGCCGGCUGACAAAACAGGAAGAGAAGACGGGCAAGGCUGGAUGUACUUUGUAUACACUUGUUAUUAUGCUUAUUAAUUCCUUAUAAUUGUCUGGAACAUGGCAGGUGAGGAGCUGUUUUUAUCUGGUACCAAUGUUCUUGUAGUGUAUUUAAUAUUCAACAAGUUUGGAUACAAAUAAUGCGAACAAAUCUUGGACUUUUAAUCAUCAGCUGAGUGUUGUGAUUGGUUUGAUUGCUCCUCAUGAAUGCAUUUUUGGUCUGACAGACGUCACCUUUUACAUGCUUGUCCCUGCAGUGUUACUGACAAAAAGGAUGUGACGUCCUCUGUUGGAAAUAGUUUGUUGAAAUUACUUUGUGGAUAAAAGAUGUUUCCUUUAGCUUGAUUCCAGUUGCUACUGUUCACUGUCUGGCAAGCCACUGCUUAGCUCCAGCAUCAAUGGAAGAACAUUAAAGAAUCAGUUUUCCUCCUACAAAUAAAAAGGAUUUAUAAGCAAUAAAACACACUGUGCUAUCUUCAAUAAACUAACCUGACUUUAUGGCUCUCCUCCACUUGAGCUACUGUUUUGCAAUGAUUUAGCACUUACCCCGUAUUUUCUGCUUGUUACCACAGUCGUCUCUGUUCAGAAAGAGUCACACAGGUUGGCUUUAACUAAUGCACAUUCCUUAGCACAAUGCCAGUGGUAUUAGAAGUUUUCAACACCUAUACUACAGUAUAGGCCUAUGAUUGAUGUACACCUUUUGUAACAACUAAAAAUAAAACUUAUUCAAGUUUU